UUUUUAAAUUUCAUCUAAGCUUUAAAAUAUAUUUAAAUAUGUUAUCUAUUGCUCGAAAGUUAACAUGAUUUCAUGUUUAAAUGUCAUCCUUUGUGACAUGUUUAUGAAAUGCAAUUACUGUACAUAACUUCUUGCUAUUGGUUAUUUCAUUGUGUGAUUAUGGCUAACAACAAUACAACAGCUGCAGAUGGUGCUAGCAGCUCCUCUCUGCAACAAGUUAAUGACAUGAUCAUAGUAGUCCAGGUGAUGAAUGCAAUCUUCAUUUACAUCAUCUGCCUGCUCAUCUUCACCUUCUUCAAAAAGGACACAUUUCUCUCAAACACACGUUAUAUUUUCUUUGCUCACACACUGCUGGCUGACUGUCUGUACCUAAUCAUGACUAAUAACUUACUCCUCCUGACUUACUUUAGUGUCACCAUGCCAGCUGCUGUGUGUGUUUCCUUCUGUGUGUUGCUUUGUGAGUUGACCUUUGUCACGCCGCUGACACUGACAGCCAUGAGCCUGGAGCGAUAUGUGGCCAUCUGCAUGCCCCUGCGCCAUGGAGAGCUCUCCACUGUACGCAGAGCCAUUCACUGCAUCCUACUCAUCCACAGCAUCAGCGCCAUACAGCCCAUCAUAAUUGUCUCCAUCUUCUUUGCCUCAGUCCCUCUGGGCUUCUACACUCAGUAUAAGCUGUGUUCAGCAGAUAUGUUUAUUGCACACAAGUGGCAGAGACACCUUAGAUCAGUUAUAGGUCAGUUCUACUUUCUGGUCAUGUCCAUCACCAUUGUGUUUACCUAUGUUAGAAUAAUUGCAGUGGCCAAAGAAUCUUCGGACAAUAAGAAAUCUUUAUCUAAAUGUCGUAAAACGGUGAUUCUCCACGCUAUCCAGUUGUUCCUGUGUCUGAUCCAGCUGUGGUGCCCGUUCAUUGAGGCUGCCAUCCUGCCAAUUCAUUUGAAAAUGUACAAUGUGAGAUUCUUUGAUUACAUUGUUUUUAUUCUGGCCCCGCGAUGUCUUUGUCCACUUGUCUAUGGCCUAAGGGAUGAAAAGUUUUUCCUUGCAAUUAAAUGUUAUGUAUUUUUUGGGGUGAAUAAGAACAUUUCCCCAAUACUUGUUGAUAACUUAAUUACUGGUCAUAUGAAAACAUAACACUUGCUUAACAGGCAAGGCCGUUGGUAUUGUUAUUAUUUAAUCACAUGAUUUUGUGGUAUUGAAAAGCACUUUGGUUUUCAAAGACCACAGACAAUAUGAUAUAUUGUGUU